AUGGAAAAUAGUUAUUCCUCAACCUUCUAUUAUGAAAUCCCAGAUGUUGACAUCUAUGAAAAUCAGCUGGUGGGGAGGGGCGAUGAGCCUGCUGCCCCCACCGAGGACCUGGGGACCCUGGAGAGCUCCAGCACAAUGGAUAUGCUCUUUACCAAAAGGGACAUCCCAGAGGCCCUGGAGGAGGAGGAGGAGUCCGAGGGUCCCCCCGGGGAGCAGGACCUGAAAGAGACCUACAUCCAGCUGGUCCAAGGCGUGCAAGAGUGGCAGGAUGGCUGUGUAUACCGAGGGGACUUCGGGCUGGACAUGAAGCUGGGCAAUGGUGAAUUCUCUUGGCCCACGGGCGAGUCUUACCACGGGCAGUUUUACCGCGACCACCGCCACGGGCUGGGCACCUACCUGUGGCCCGAUGGCUCCAGCUUCACCGGCAUGUUUUACCUGAGCUACCGAGAAGGCUAUGGCACCAUGUACCAGAAGACCAGGCUCUUCCAGGGGCUGUACAAAGCCAACGAGCGGUUUGGGCCAGGCAUUGAGACCUACCCCGACGGCAGCCAGGACGUCGGGCUGUGGUUUCGGGAACACCUCAUCAAGCUGUGCACAGAGGUCCCCAGCAGCUUCUCCAUACACGACUACCCUGAGUACUCAGGCUUCCUUACGCACUCUCCUGCUAGAAUCAGCCUCUUGGGCGAGGAGAAAAUGGAGUGGGACCUGCAUGAGGAACAGGACCCCUUUUUCUACGACUAUAAGCGGUUUCUUCUGAAUGAUGACUUAACUCUGCCUCCAGAAAUGUACACUUACUCAACCGACAACAGCCACCUGCCCAUGACCUGCUCUUUCCGCAAAGAAUUAGAUGCCCUGAUCUUCCUUAACGAUGUCCCUCCGUUUGUUGAGGACAGCGAACCCUGGUUUAUAAAAAAUGAGACCCCUUUGAUGGUCAAAAUCCAGAAGCAAGCUUAUAAGUACAGGAACAAGAAGGCCCACAGCAGCUGGAACAUGGGUGCCAUCCUGGAGGGGGACCGGAGAAGCUUUGCAUGUCGUGGGCCCAAGGAGCGGCUUGCCAAGGACAUGAUCCUGAGGGCUGGGGAAGGGAACUAUGACUGGAUCUACGGGAUCCUCAGGGAUGACCUCGCCAGCGCUGAUGUGGCUGAUGCCAAGGGCUACACUGUGCUCGCUGCGGCCGCCGUUCACUGUCACAACAACAUUAUCAACCUUCUGCUGGACCACGGGGCCGACGUGAACAAGUACACAGACGAGGGCCUCACGGUGCUCAACAUGUGCUUCCUUCUCUACUACCCGUCCAGGUGCUUCAAGCCCAACAUCGCUGAGCGGACGGCGCCCAAGCCCCAGAUGGGCUUCAGAUGGGGUGAAGGGACACUGCGGCCCGCGGGCGGGAAGUGGGAGGCAGGGACGGAGCCAGCAUGCCCGCUCAGUGUCCUGAGCUCUUACCGCAACGCCAAGGGCUAUGUGUCCCAUCCGAGCCACAUGCACAGCAGUCGGCCCAAGACCCCUCCUGUGGGCCCCAGGGAACGAGACUCGGAGGGAGGGGGGGAAGCGGCCAAGGAGUCUGUGUAUUUAGAGGAAUUGGUGCUCACCCCAGGCAGCCAGGAGCAGAAGUCGGCUGCGUGGGGCGGUGAGGAGGACGGCCUCUCUGUGGGCACCCAGCUGUCUCAGGAGCUGUCUCAGGAGUCCCCCGACCUGGGGGGCAACCCUCCGAAGUGGGACCGUCUGUCACCGCGGGGCAGCGUCAGCGACCUGGAGAAGGGGCUGGACCACGUGGUAGGGAGUCUGGACGGGCACACUCUGGGAAGCCAGGAGACGAACUUCGAGUCCGGCAUCUGUGUGCGCAACUACUCCAUCACACUGUCCCAAGACCUCCUGCAGAAGAGCGCCCAGGCCUACAGCAUGCUGAAGGCCUCCUCACUCAGCACCACCGGCUCGGUAAAGGGCACCAUGAGGAAGAUGGCGCUGGCCAUGAUCGAACACAGGAACAGGUGGCUGACCAUCAGGCUCCUGCUGCACCGAGGCGCGGACCCCAACCUGUGCCGCGUGCCCAUGCAGGCCCUGUUCUUCGCCGUGAAGGCGGGGGAUGUGGCCGGGGUGAAGCUGCUGCUGGAGAACAGGGCCAGGGCGGACAUCCAGCUCCCUGCUGAGCUGGGGGCCCUUACCCCCCUGCAUAUUGCAGCCGCCCUUCCCGGGGAGGAGGGCGUCAAGAUAACGGAGCUCCUGCUGCACGCCAUCACGGACGUGGAUGCCAGGGCCGCCGACCAGGACGACGUGUACAAGCUGGGCAAGCUAGACCUGUUGCCUUCAAGCCUAAAGCUCAACAACGAAGCAGGCCCUGCUAGCAUCUACUACAGCACGCGCCCGUCUGUGCCGGACGAGGGGGGCAGGACGGCUCUGCACGUGGCCUGUGAGCGUGAGGACAACUACAAGUGUGCCAGGGACAUAGUCCGGCUCCUCCUCUCCCACAAAGCAAACCCCAACAUGCUGUGGAGUGGCCACUCCCCACUCUCGCUGUCCAUCGCCAGUGGGAAUGACCUGAUUGUGAAGGAGCUUCUGUCCCACGGAGCUGACCCCAACCUGCCGCUGACCAGAGGCUUGGGCAGCGCCUUGUGUGUUGCCUGUGACCUCACCUGUGAGCACCAGAGGAGCACGGACAGCAAGCUGGCCCUGAUUGACCGGCUAGUUAAUUACGGGGCUGACAUCCUGAGCCCCGUGACGCUCACUCAGGGGGACAGGAUGGCUGUGGGCACGGCUGUCGACUAUGGGUAUUUCAAAUUCUACCAGGACCGGAAGAUCGCCCACUGCCCCUUCCACAUGCUGAUGCCGACCGAGCGGGAGAUCUUUCUGGGCCGCAAGAGGCUCCUGGAGUACAUGGGCUUCCGGUUGCGCCGCGCGGUCUCCGCCAAGGAGAGCCAGUGGGAUCCGAAGCUGCUGAACCUGAGCAAGAAAGCGGAGCUGACCCCCUACCAGAGGCUGAAGCGGAAAAGUGCUGUCCCGUCCAGAGCGCUGCACCUGGAGGAGCAGGAGCGGAUUCCCUUCUUCAAGUUCUGCUCCCAGUGCGGCCGCUCGGUGGGAGUGCGUCUGGUGCCCUGCACCCGCUGCUACGGGAUCCUGACCUGCAGCAAAUACUGCAAGACCAGAGCCUGGGGCGACUUCCACAAGCGGGACUGCGGCACCCUGGCAGUCAUCGGGCCCCACCUGGAGGACUUGCACAGGAGGGCGGAAGAAUCUCAAUGGCCGGAACAGCCGGAUGCCCGAGGCCUGGGGGGGGCCCAGCGGCAGGCCGCGCCGCCGCCGUGA